UUGUGGCCAACGGUGGAGCACAGUUUCGUAGCAUUUGGCGAGCCGUUUGGUCGGACAUCGGAAUCGGCAUCGGCAUCGUCGGACAUCGGGAGCUUCCAAGUCCAGCGUUAAACCCGUCGGACAGACGUCGGACAUCGUGUCGCUGUGCGGUGCGGUGCGGUGCGUUGCGGUUCGGUGGUACGUUUUGUUCAGUUUCUGAGUUGGAGCCCACAGGCGCCCCAAAGCCCCCAAAGCCAAUCGCCAGUUGAUCGUGCGGAACCCCUUGCGAGGAGAGAAGCUUACAAAACCGGAGAGGGACUUCGUUUCGCACAGAGAGAAAGAGAGAGGACGCCUUUAAAGAGAGGAAGAGAUCGCUUUGGCGAGGGACUCUCCUCCGAAGAGAGCGGGAGAGCGACAUGCGACGACGCCGUCGUGGCCGCUGCUGUCAAUGACGCGACGAAACAUACAACAAAAAGCCAAGCAAAAACAAUAUUCGCGUACAAAAUCAAUCAACAAACAAUUCGGAUACGGCCUUCCCUGGAUACGGCCAUAAACAGCAAAAGAUACAGAUAGAAGUGUAAGAUAUCUUUUCCAGCCGAAAACCAAGAGCCGCCCCAAUGACCGUCUCAUACGCGGGCGAAGUGCCAAAUGGCAGCAGUUUCGGCUGCUUCUGGAAGAUCCUAUGGAAAUGGCGCGGCAGUGUCUACAAACUGAUCUGGCGCGAAUUGGUCGCGUAUCUGUGCCUGUACUACACCAUAAAUGUUAUCUAUAGAUUCGCCCUGACUGCCAACCAACAGGCCAUCUUCAACAAAAUCCGCCAGUACUUCGGACAGCAGGGCGAAAGCAUACCCAUGUCCUUCGUCCUCGGCUUCUAUGUGAACCUCGUGGUGAAACGCUGGUGGGAACAGUACCGCCUGCUGCCCUGGCCCGACACGCUGGCCCUCUUCAUCAGCGCCGCCAUCUCCAAUGCCAAUGGCGGAGUAAAUAACGAAACGGGUCGCCUGAUGCGCAGGAAUAUCAUGCGGUACAUGGUCCUGGCCUACGUCAUCACUCUGCAGCGCAUCUCGCUGCGUGUGAAGCGGCGCUUCCCCACCACCCAGCACCUGGUGGACGCCGGCCUCAUGCACGAGUCCGAGAUGAAGAUCUUCGAGGCCCUGAACGCCAAGAGCCCCAUGUCCAAGUACUGGAUGCCGCUCGUCUGGGCCACGAACAUCAUCAAUCGGGCGCGAAAGGACGGCCUCAUCGCCUCCGACCACAUCGUGCAGACGAUUCUGGUCGAACUAUCGGAUAUUCGUAGGCGUUUGGGUGGCCUCAUCGGCUACGACACGGUCUGUGUUCCUUUGGUCUAUACGCAGGUGGUUACCCUCGUGCUGUAUACCUACUUUAUUGCCGCCCUUCUGGGGCGACAAAUGCUCCCGAACGUCCUCGAUCGCAAUGGACGCGAGGAUCCCGAUUUGUACUUCCCGCUUUUCACCGUCUUGCAGUUCGUCUUUUAUGUGGGCUGGCUGAAGGUGGCCGAGGUGCUGAUCAAUCCCUUUGGCGAGGAUGACGAUGAUAUAGAACUCAAUUGGCUGAUCGAUCGCCACAUAAAGGCCGCCUACAUGAUUGUCGAUGAGAUGCACGAGGAGCAUCCGGAGCUGCUGCGCGACCAGUACUGGGAGUGCGUCGUCCCCAAGGACCUGCCCUACACGGUGGCCUCCGAGCACUACCGCAAGGACGAGCCCAAGGGAUCCGCGGAGAAGUACAAGGUGAAGAAGGAGGACGCGAUGUACGCGAACAUAAUGCCCGGCGGCGGCGGCGGAGGCAAGCGAAUGCUCAGCGACGAUGUCUAUGCGGACUACGAGAGUGUCGACACACCGAUGGUGGAGCGCCGGAAGAACAACUGGCUCGUGCGGCAGCUGUCGCGCAUGGGCUCGAUGCGGAGCCAAUCGACGGCCUACUCCUCGGGCGGCAUGCCGUUCAAUCGGCAUCGCCUCAACUCGGUCUACUCCAGCCCCGAGUCGGGCCUGCCCCUGACGAUCCUCCAGCAGCAGCAGCUCCAACAGCAGCAGCAGCAGCAGCUCCAGUCGAUGGGGGGCUCCCAGUCGCAGCAGAAGUCGAGCCUCUACGGGAAGUUUGUGCAUCGCAAGUCGAUACGCGCCCAAAGGCAGUUGAUAAAGCAAAAUUCAAAGCUAAAUGGCCUGAAUGUGAAUGUGGCCAAGACACGGCCGCGGAUCCCCACUCCGGAGGUGGCAAAAGACGGCAGCACGAAUCCAGCCUCUAGUGCCGUCAUAAUGGCGCCAUCACAACACCAAAGUGCACCACAGCAGCCCCCGCAACAGCCACAGGGAGGGGCGCACCACAUGUACCCCUCCUCCUACACCACAACCAACACCACGAGCACCAGUACGGGAAUGGGGGGAAUGGGGGGCAUGGGCAUGGGCAUGGGGAUGGGCAUGGGCAUGGGCAUGGGAGGGGGCAUGCAUCUGGGGCACGAUGGCGGCGGCCAGGUGCUGGGCACCCUCCUCCUGUCGCCCAUCAAAGAGAUGGACAGCUCCUCAUCGAAUAACACUCUGAUUCCAGGACACCCAGCCACAGCGGCCCUGGCGCAGGCCAUCAACAUGAAGGAUGGCUUUCCAGCAGUCAGCACCCUCUCCGCUGCCACGAACAUCACCACGCUGUCGUUUCCCUUCACGAUGGCCAACAGCAGCGGCGGCGGGGACACCAUUCCCACGGGGACCCUGAGCAUCCUUCCCAUCGCGGCGAACGCCCAGCUGCCGACCAUCACGACAACGGCCAGUGGCUACGAGCCCAAUGACGUCAUCACCACGAUCCCCGUCUCGCUCUCCAUUCAGCGCUCCCCCUCGUCCCUGUCCAUCGUGGACCUGGCCCAGGAGCAGGACGGCUACAGCAACAGUGGCUCCAGCAACGGCAUGACCGUGGGGCCGGGUGCGGGCGGCGGCGGCGGCAUCACCACCACGGCCCUCCUAUCCGUGAAGCCCCUGAACGGCAGCGGCAACGGCAACGGCAACGCCAACAUUUCGCGGAACAACAGCUUCAGUCUGAGCUUCAACCUGCAGGACCCCACAGUGCGCUCCUCGGUGCGUUCGGCAGGAGCCCCCACAGUGGAUACAGUGGACAACUCUUCAUCCGGUGGCACGAUCGCCCUGCCCCAGAGCGGCGCCACGGCAACGGCAACGGCCACGAGUGCUCCCUCAACCCUCGCCAAGCACAGUCCCGAGGCCAAGACAGGAGAGGUCUAUGUCUGAGCGGAGGAACAGGACACCUAUUCCGACCCAUCCACUGGAUUAUAGCUUUCGUCGUAGGUUUAAGCACCCCCUUCCAGAACCACUGAUACGAUAUUAUCAUCUAGGAAAGAGAACAAAACAAGAGUAAUCCUCUCUUCGGAUUGUACAUACAUAUGCACACAUCAAUAUACAUACAUAUAUAGCCCACAGACGAUAUCGUAUCGUAAUGGAUCGUAUCGUACGGCACACGCGAGUCUUUCUCGAUAGUUGGGCGAAUAAAUUACGAAUAAAAUCUUUACCAAGAGAAUCUCCAUUAUAUUACCCGUGCAAACAUUGGACCGUGUAAAUACUUUGGAACCCUCCCCCCCCCUAUCCCUCCCCCUCUCCCCAAAAAACAUAAUAUGUGAUAUGCGAUUAUUGUAUGUGUUUUUUUUUUUUGUUUGUUCAAGCUAUAAAAUUUGUGCAUCUUUAGGAUUAAUGUGGAACCACUUCAUGUAGAGGAUGGUA